GAGAGGAAAAAGAGGAAACAGUGCGAGAAACCGAAAUGAAAUGAAAACUUCUGCCAGUGCGUUUCGUGUGUGUGCUGCAGCUUAUAAUGUGCCCAAUUGCCGCAGCAAGAUAGGAAAGUGCGAACUAGGAAAAUGCAUCCGCAAAGGGGCUGUAUUUGUUGCGUGUUGCGCGUUGGAUUAAACUGUAGAAGCCGAAACUGAGCGAAAACAAAACAAGAAAUCCUUCAAGCUUGUGCUCCGCGUGUGCGUGUGUGUGUGUGUUAAGCAUUCCUCCUAUCGCAAAGGGGGAGGUGGUUGGUUGGUUGGUUGAGUGGGGUGACAAAGGCAAGGGAGAAGCAGCAGCAGCAGCAGCACCCGCGAUCAGUAGUAGCAGCACGCCGAGAAGCAGCGACAGCGAUCUGCGAAGGAAAAAAAUGCAACGAUGGGCGAAACAGGGGCAAAAGGGAAAUCAGGCACAGCUGCAUGUGCUAGCUGCUACAACGCGAUAGAACCGGAACAGCAUGUGGCCGCCGUCGGUCAGCUGUGGCACGCGGAAUGCUUUAGAUGUUCGGUUUGCGAUGCACGACUGUCGAGCUGGUACUUUGAGAAGGAUGGACUGCUGUUCUGCCGGGAUGACCAUUGGUCCAAGUUCGGUGACUGCUGUCAGCAGUGCUCGCAGUUUAUCUCCGGACCGGCGAUGUUUGCCGGCGAUCACAAGUUCCAUCCGGAAUGCUUUCGGUGUGAAUCGUGCAAAGUGUUCAUCGGCGACAGGGAAUCGUACGCACUGCUGGAACGCUCCAAGCUGUACUGCGGAGGGUGCUACAAGCAGCAGCAACAGCAGCAGCAGCACCAGCAGCAGCAACAACAGACCGCAUCGGAAGCUGCCGGUCGGAACGGUGCAAUAGUGUCGCCGACGAAGCAGGAACGGCAAAGAAUUCCACAUUCCAUCCGGCUGGUCGAGAUACCGUGGAGUGGCAAUCGAUCGGAUCGUAUCCGUCUGGCAACGGAUGAUAAACCGUCCGGCGUGAAGGGUGUUGCCAACGGAUGCAAAAGCGUUCGCAUAUCGGAUUUGUUCUGCGCGGCGUACGGACAGAUGGGAAAGUACAUCUUUUCGUGCAUUAACACUGCGCUGGAUUCGUGCUGUGGUUUGCUUCACUUUAGAGUAACGCUCAACUCAGAUCUGAUGGCCCUGCGGGUCGGCGACAAGGUGCUGGAAGUGAACGGUACACCCGUGCGCGAUGUACCGCUGGAAAAUUUGCAAAAUCUCAUCGAAGCUUCGGCCGGCAAAGCUCUGCAGCUUACGGUCGAGCACGAUCCGGAUGUAGUGGCGCUGGCGACGGCCGGCGGGCUGCCCGGUUGCAAGGGCAUACUGUCCGCUUCGUAUGCCGGCACCGAAACGAACUGUACGGAUGUGCUGAAUAACAAUCAGAAUGAGGGUGAGGAGGAGUGCACGAGGAGCCUUUCGCCGAGCAAGCUGGAGCGAAUAUUCCGCAAGAAGGAUGAAGGCUACAUGAGCGGAUCGUCCCGGAAGCUGCAAAAGCGUCUCAAGGAUGUCAAUUGCAAUACAGCUACCAACAGUUUAAAGGAGAAGGAACGCAGCUCAAGCAUGUCGCGCCUGCUGGACGAACAUCGUACGAUGGCCACUGGUGGAGAGUUUUACGAUCUUUCCCGCACGAAGUCGUUCCGCGUGGAGCCGAAGGCGGCCCGCAUAUUCCGUGCCUCGGACCUGGUGCAGGGUGAGUUGCUCGGGAAGGGUUUCUUCGGCCAGGUGUUCAAAGUGACGCAUCGCGUAACGCAAGAGGUAAUGGUGCUGAAGGAACUGUACCGCGUCGACGAGGAGGCGCAGAAAAACUUCCUCAAGGAGGUUGCCGUGCUGCGGUCGCUGUCGCACCACAACGUGCUCCGCUUUAUCGGUGUGCUGUACAAGGACAAAAAGCUUCACCUGGUGACGGAGUUUAUCCCGGGCGGAUCGCUGAAGGAGCUGAUACACGAUUCCGGGUUGCCGCUGAGCUGGGCGCAGCGGAUCUCUUUUGCGCGCGAUAUUUCCAGCGGCAUGAGCUACCUGCACUCGAUGAACAUCAUCCAUCGGGAUUUGAACUCGCUCAACUGUUUGGUGCGCGAGAACGGUACGGUGAUAGUGGCGGACUUUGGGCUUGCGCGCAUCAUUAAGCAGCCGCUGAUCAGUACGACGGCGUAUGAAAAGUGUACCGCCACACCACCGCAGCCAGCAGCAGCAGCAGCGGCAGCAGCAGCGAGCAGCGGCAAUAAUGGGACGAUCGGGCGCCGGGGCAGACCCCGCCGGCAGCGGUACACGGUGGUCGGCAAUCCGUACUGGAUGGCGCCGGAAAUGAUGCGCGGCAACAAGUACGACGAAAAGGUGGACAUCUUCUCGUUCGGCAUCAUGCUGUGCGAGAUCAUUGGCCGGGUGCAGGCCGAUCCGGACUAUCUGCCCCGCCUGCCCGACUUCGGCCUGAACGAGAAGGUGUUUCGGGAGAAGUUUUGCGGCCAGUGUCCGGAACCGUUCUACAAGAUUGCCUUCCUGUGCUGUGACCUGAAUCCUGACAAACGACCUCCAUUCCACGUGCUGCAGGGUUGGCUGGAAACGAUGGCCACCGUCGUGGCCCUGCAGCGUCCCAUUCCGAUACGCAUCAUCGACGAAAUCGACAACUUUAAGGGGCUGCGAAGCACGGAAUCGAGCCUGUGCACGACACCGGACGGGUUGACCACUCCGCCACCGUUGUCCGGGUACGGGCUGAAACCAUCGCUAAGCCGCAAGCGCAUUUGCGAAGGGCAGGAAGACACCGGCAGCACCCUGGAGCGGCAGCACAAGCUAAACGACACGGCAUCGGUACAACCGACCAGCUUCGACCUAGUGGACGGUGUUGUGUGCGAUGUGCCGGUAGAUAGUGAGCUGCUCACGCCUACCAACAGCAGCACACCUCGGCCGGUGGAGGAGCGGAUCGAACCGACCGCCCAAGCAGGGCCCGGAUUCGUCGUGGUAGAUUUUAACGAUAUACCAAAGUCCCCCCAUCUGGGGAAAGAUUUUUCCGCCAACGGGGAUCGCAUACGGGACAGCCUGCGGGCAAAGCGGCGCCAACGGAUGAUGCUCAGCCGGGAGAAUCAGCGCAAAUCGCUCGAUUCCAGUCUGCUGGUCGCUGCGGCCCGGCUUGGUGCAACGGAUCGACUGAUGGGCGAUGCCGUGGCCAAUGCCGCCGACGAUGGUAGUGCCUCGGAACCGAUCAGCUUAAUUAUGACUAAUGAAAUGAUCGCAAACGACGCUGCUGCUGCUGGUGCGGCUGCCGAUGUGCGUGCGUCGGAGAGUGUGCGUCCGUCGACGGAUCAGGUGCUCGCUUCGGUGAAAGAUAGCCUGGAGCGUGCCAAACAGCAGGGUGAGGUGCCGCGUGCUGUUGCACGGUUUGCAAUUGGCGGUGAAAGCUCCCAGCCGGACGGGCCGCAGAAGACGAAGCGCUACGGCGAGAAGGGUUUCGUAAUACACGUACAAAAUGGGCAUCUGACGCUGAACAAUGUGCGCGAUCUGGAGAACUGUUCCGAUUUCGAUUCGAGCUGCGAUACGAGCCUGAACUAUCUCGAGGUAAACGGUAACCGGGUGGAGCAGCAGGAAGCAACCGACCCAACGGUGCCGAAGGCGACUCCAAAGAAGGACACUAAUCUAGUCGUCGAAAUGAUGUCCGUUGAGCGGGCGAAAGAUAUGUACCCGCCUGGGGAGCGUCGAAAGUGUGUCGAGAAGGAAAACAUUGCCCAAGGGCCGGAUGCGGCGCUUGUGAACGCGUUGCCCGACGAAUCGAAAUCGAUCGGCGCUGCAGUGAAAGCUACCUCUCCGCUGGCUGCGAUACCCAAUCCAGAAAGGAACAGUGCGGCGGCAGCGGCGGUGGCGGUUGCUGGAAAGGAUGCUAAAAAGGAGGAAAAAACGCUUUCCUCCAGUGCUCAAAAAGCCGUCCAAUACACGCGGAAGCUGUUCCGGGUGGGCGAAGCUGCCCAGUCGCCGGUCGCGAGUCCAACCAGCACGAAACGCUCCCACGAUCUGCCGGGUGCGCAUCGUGCCGGAGUGUCGCCGGGAUCGAAAGCAUGCGGCAAGGGGCAACAUCACGUCCGGACGACCUCUUCAGAGCGGUCGGUGUUUUCGACCAAGCAGAAAAUAUCGCCCACCUCCGAUCCGGAACCACAGACCGGAUUCGGUGGCCAGACGUUCCCAUUGGCCGAUCGCUCCAAGCCAACGGCAACCACUGCGAUAGUGGUGCACAACAAUAACCACAGUAUGGUGCAUUCGUACAAAUCUAAACCAAAUGAAGCGACGGAGAAGGGCAAUAAUGGGGCGGUACGGCAAUCGGCAGGCAAGCGCACCAUUGCCGCUAGUGGUGCUGGAAAAGGAGCGUCCAGUGGAACGAACCGACCGCCGGUAAUUGGCGAUAGUGCGGUGUGUGUUGAUGCGAUGGUACCGUCCGCUGGCAAGCCGCCGAUCAGCUGCGGUGGUGGCGUUAGUGCUGCAACGCUGGCCCGAUUGGCGACCAAGGGAGGCCGCACGUACCGACCGGCGGAGCGUAUGACGGUGUACUACAACGAGAUGCGUUCGAACUCCGCUGGCAAGGAAAAGUACACCUCAACCCUUUCACCAACGGUUGGCAGUAGUGGCAGCAAUUCACGCACCGGGUCUCCUUCUCCGCCAGUCCCCAGUACAGCGGGUCGUUCUUUGCAGGCGAGCACCAGCAACAGUAGCCGCAGCACUGGUAUCCUUUCGCCCGGCAGCAUCCGUCGGCUUAACGCUCGUUUGCUGGAGGCGCGCAAAGCAAACGCCGCUUUAUCGCAGGACCGAUCGACUGGCAAAGGGAAAGCGAACGGGUCGCCAUUGCUUUCCAUGCCCUCGGGCACGGCAAAACCGGUGCCGGGGAUGGCACGGAAGGUACUGCUGACACCGGCCGGUGGUGCAGCCGGUCCGUUGCUUGGUAGUGUUGCGGGCGGCUAUGCCAGAGAGCGCAAGGUGCUGCCACCGGUCGCACCGCUUGUUAAGGUGCCGAAGUAACCGCGUCGAUCGAUUAUUGGCUGGUGGCUGGUGGUUGCUCACAAUUUGCAAAUAGUACCUUUUUUUAGGGAGAGAAAGUUUAUUGUCGUUUAAAGACACACUUAUAUAGUACACCAUUACAGAAACUAACUGCUCAGCUAACGAUCUUAGGGAAAAAAGUCAGGCUCGAAUGUGCUCUCGUUAGGUAAAGAUAAGACUAGAAGAUGUUUGGCAAUAUUGAGCACCAAGGCCAUAUUGCGCUAAGCCAUUUUUGGUGCUCGCUCGCCGCUAAGCCACAUGGUGCGUGGUGUGCAACACACUUUACCGUACCUCUCCGAACGGAGGUACUAUCCCGUUAAAACUUCGAGUUCUCGAAGGUCCCACACACACACACACCUUCUUACUUAAGUGCACCCGUUUCAAACGUUUCCACCCAACACCCGUUAAUUCAAACUCGUCUCGCACACGGUUACUAUUAUUACCUUAAAACACUUUUAAAGAAAACACUCCUCCAAAGUCUCACUCCUCUUGCUCAGACUCACGCACGGCAUCAUAGGUGCAAAUAAUCUCUCUGUACUGUGUUGAGCGGUAAGCGAAGAAUGCUCCUGUUUUCGCUUCACCUGACCGGCCUCACCUAGAUUAGUGUGUGGCACUUUUUGGUUUGUUUUGUUUAUUCGUAAGAAUUCAAACGUGACUGUGUAUGGCAACACAAAACAAAAAAAGACGACGGUAACUGUGCAAGAACUGCUUUCAGUGUGUAUAGUUGGUUAGGUUUAGCCGAGCUUAGGUUUAGCUUUUGAAUAUUCCACGAAAAUGCCAUUUGUGUUUUUGCUUGCAUACACAGAUAUUCAAAUUGCGCUCUCCCUCCCCCCGGGUUUAAUACUAGUUUUAAAAGAUUAAGCUCGAAUUUUACACCAAUUAUUUUUAGAAUUUUAUUUGACAGAUCAUCUCUUCUUCUUGCCCACGAUCUCGCUCUCUUUCUGUCCAAAUCAAUCAUUUUACAUCGUUUGAUUUUGUCUUUGAUGAUCAUUUUACGCGCUAGAUGGUAUAGUUUUGUGUCGCUCUACGGCAAACCAUACAAGAAACCCCUCCUCCCCUUCCCCCCCCCCUCCCUCGUCGUCAAAUAGACAAGCUGAAGUUACUAACCGGACUGUGAUAUUGUGGAGAAUGUAAUAAUUGUAAGCGCGGUGGUGCUAGAGAGCGAGCGCACACCACUCUCCCCCCGCCCCCGUUUUAUUUCCGUUUAGCUUACGUUUACACAUUAAGAUAGCGAGUGGGUGGUUCCACGGGGACGGUGGCUACCAUUUAAGCCAUGGAAACAGAAAAAAAAAAUUGCCGAUAGAGGAAACAGAUACUGCAACAAAAGACAUGUGUGUGUAAGAGUCGGUAGCGAUGGAGCGGAAGUAGGUAGUGUAAGGUUAGGUUAGUAAGGUAGUGUGGUCCCGUGGGAGGGCAACGUAUAUGCGCUAGUAAGGGAAGAAAAAUGUGUAGACGCGUAUUGAGCGCUACGUACAACAAUUAUUACCUUAAGUUUUUAUUAACCAUUUUAGUUUUAACCACACGUUUUUAACAAGUCAGGUAUAGAGGUAGCUGUUAGACAGGAGCGGGGGUUGAAAAGUAGUGCAAAGGAAAACAAUAUGACAACUGUAAGCCUACAUUUCCGAAAGUAGGAACUGCAACGACGAAAUUGAAGGAAGAGAAAAGAAAUAUUAGAGUUAAGUGUAAAUCGUGCAAACAUCAUAAAAGAGUAAUGUAGAUAGGGACAAAAACAAGUAAACAAACAAACGAGCAAUGCAAAUGUAUGUAUAUGGGCAGUGAAUGUAUGUAAGGUUCUUAGGGGAGAGGAGUAGGUUAGGAUGUAAGUUGGCGUGUAUCGAUACCAUGGAGAUGCUUGGCGCCAUUGUGUAAAAGCUGUGGCGAGUGGUUGCGUAUAAGGAAAAAUGUGUUUUUUUGGGUAAUAUUGUAUCAAAACAUUUUGUUAAAAUUUAUAGUAUUGUGCGACAAACGAUGGCGUGAAUGAGUGAUUUAGAUUUAUAUUUAUUAGAUGAGUGUGAGACCUUUGAUUGAAUUUUGUUAUCAUUCCUCAAUGCGUUCACGCAUAUUUUGCGUAAAACUAUGAUAAAAAGACGUUUCUAUUCAAAUCUUUCCGUAAUUGAGCUGGAAAUGUGUUAUUCUAAAUUAUUUUUUAAUUAUACUUGUCAUAAUACUACACAUUUAACGACAAAUAUGACAAAAAACACAGUUUUACUUAUACGCAACCUCUAGUCACAGCUUACGGGAAGCAAAGCAAAAGCGCAAGCGAAUUAGAACAAUGUCAUGUUUUGCGUUUUUGUUUCGAUUAUAAAUGCGCAAAAACUAAAUCUACAACAAAGACGAAAACAUUACAAAUGAAAUCUUCUUGGCUGGGAAUAGAUGAAAAAAAUUGUGCAAACCGAAAAAAGAACCAUCUACAUGAGUUAGUGCAAUACAAUACUGCACGAGGCGCGCGCAAAAGCCCCCGCAACAAUGAAAUGCAUUCACGUAAAAAAUGACCAAAAUUUAUGAAAAUGUUGGCCACAACAGUAAAUGCAGGCCGGUUUUUCCUUGUCAUCGUUUAUUCCUGCUCUUUUCUUUUCAUUCAAUAUCCUUACAAUUGAUCCUUUACUGUUUGUGACAUGUAAUUGGAAGGCUACCGAGCUUCAACCAAACCCACCCACCCAGCAGGAUGUUGUAAAAUGUAUAAAUUUAUUGUUCCCAAUUUUUUUUCCCCACAAAUUUCCCGUGCAAACAACACGAAAAACAUGCACGUGACGGAAGGAAAAACAAGGGAAAAAUGUUCGCUCGCUCUCUGUUUGAAACAUUUUAUUCCGAUUUUUACUAGCUAUCGGAAUAUGGGGGUUUGUGCGUCCUUUUAUUAUCACACGAUAUUUUGGGGAAUAUUUGUGUGUGUGUGUGUUUUUACCCUCCCCCACCCUCUCCCCGAAUUCGCUUAUUGUUUCAGUUUACAUUUUUAUCCGUACAUCCGUGCGGUGAGAAGAGCGUGUCGGGGGCACAAAAAUGUAUUGUGUUGUGCACCCCCUUCCCCGGUGUGCCAUUGUUUUGAUGUGAAAUUGGUGAGCGUUAAAAUGCGUGCACCCAUGCACCCAAAAGUGCAUCCGUUUUUCUUCGUAACCGGCUGGAAAAUGCUUAUCCGUUACAUCGAUCGGGUUCGAUCGUGGAUGGGAAAGAGAGGGCGAAAAAUAGUAAACCGUGCGCAUUAUUGAUGUGUUAUCGAAAACAAAAUAUUCCUUCAUUUUGUUUUUUUUUUGUUUGGAAAAGCUCCAUCCCCGGGGCGAAUGAAUGGUUUCAUUGUAAAAGUGCAAAAGUGUACAGGAAAUGUAGUGUGUACGGUUAUUGUUCGGUGUACAAAGCAGUGAAUUGUGCAAGGAUAUUAAUAGUGCAAUAGAAGGAGAAAAAAAUGAAUGUGAAAAGGGCGAAAAAAUACCUACGUUCAAUAUAUGAAAAUGAAUUGAAGAUGAAAAAUUUAAGCAAAAAUGCACGAAUUUUUCAAUGUCCCCAAGCCAAGAAAAUAGCAUUUGUACCACAAAGCGAGAGACGCACGGUAGUAAGGUUCUCUUUUUUUACGUUCACCAUCACUAAUUUAUUAACAACACAACAGCAACAUUCUUACCAGCGCUAGUAGCGUUUGCGAUUUUCCUUUCCGUUACAACGCGUUAUAAAAAGAAGCGUUACGGUUACUACACACCUGCGCCACGGCUCGUUCUUCGUAUUGAUUGGAUUGGUGUGUUAAUACUUUUCUAAUCGUAAAUAAAGUUAAACAUGGUACAGAAAGCAA